AGAGAUUAAACAGUAGAGAGAGUGAAAGAAAGAAAGAUAUAAGCAACCUCGUGUAUCAGGUUGCUGGCUGUUGUUUGGAUCGUAUUGAAGAUGAGCAUGAAAAGUUGACAGUCCGACCGGCUCCAGUUUUAACACCGCGGGGUAAGAGGUUUAAUAAUCCCAUAGCAACACGUGAAGCCGAUAAUGAGUCUCCUGACACAGCUCAGACUGUUACUGUGGAAGAACUUCACCCUACGGAGAAGACAGAGGGUGCGUUUGGUGGUGGAGUUGAUUUGGCCUCUGUUUUUGUUCUUUAUUCUCGUGGCGGUCAGAUCCACCAAUCAGCCUGUUUACAAGGGCCAGUGCCACUACCCCAAUAAACCCCUCCCUUCGGCGGGCGUGUUGCCAUGGCUACAGGGCAUGAUGUGUAACAUUCAGAACCCGUGUGUGAAUCACCCGACACCAGGUGAAGCACCGGGGCAGGUGAACAACUUCAAUGACUCGAAAGUCUCAAAGAUUUUGAUUGAGGUUCAGUCACUCCUGGCAGACCCCACCCUCUUCAACAGCAUCAAACUACUGGCUGGAGACAUCAGCCAAUGGGCUUCACUCCUGCAGAAUGCCAAUCCAAACAGUGGUCAAUCCAUUCCACUGCGCAGUUUGCUGAGAAACAACGAGACGUUCACAGAAUAUCUGAUGAGCAGCUUGAAUGUGUCGAACACAACAGCAGCAAACCUGAUGAGAGUGAACGUUCGACUCGGACAGAUAUCGACGCUGUCAGGUGGAGGUGAUUUACGCUCGGUGCUCUGCAACUCAUCUGUUGACCAAAUCCUGGAGUUUAGUUCUCCCAAUCAAAAAGAGCAGUUCAACAACAUCACAUGCUCUUUAACAGACAAUCAGUUUCGACAAACAACGCAGGCUUUCAUGCAGAACCUCGACAACAUGAAACUAUUAACCGCUCUUCCAUUAGCGCUGGGUUUGGACCGACUGGAGGCGAGCGCGCUCAUGACUCAAACCAGCGCUCACAUCGCUCCUCUGAUGAUGGGGAUGUCUAGUUUCCAGACGUCAGCACUGCUGAAUGUUGCAGACGGUUUAAACUUCAAGUCCGAUCCGUUCGGCAGCAUCAAUUUGCUGAUGUGUGGAUCAGGCUUUAAUUCAACAUCCAGCAACACCAGCAGAUCCGCGGUCAACACAACUCAACCGAGCACAAGUGCGGCAACAACAGAAAACUUCAACACGACCAACACAAACAGCAGUGAUUUCUGUAAGAAUCUGACAGACACACUACAGAGUUCAUCCGCCAUGCGUUUGUUCUGGAGUACCUUCCGUCCGUUCCUGCAGGGGAAAAUCCUUUACACUCCUAACACAACUGUUACACAGGAAAUCAUUAAAGAGGCCAACCGUACGUUUGACGCUCUGGCUAAAGUGGGCGAUUUGGCGGAUUUGUGGCUGCAAAACCAAGCAGAGAUCUGGGAUUUUUUCGACAACAGCACUCAGAUCAACACGUUGAGGGUUCUCCUGAAGAAUCCAGUGUUCGCAGCUGUCCUUGACCAACGGCUGCAGGGUACCGGGCUGUCCUCGGCACUGAUCGCCAACUUCUUAUUUAACGGUCCUGAGUCCGAGCGUCCUCCAGGAAUGCCGGCGUUCGACUGGCGAAACGUCUUUAACGCCACCACUCAGGCAGCAGAACAGCUCACUCAGAUUUUAGAGUGUUUUGAUCUGAAUAAGUUCGAAGGUGUCAGCAGUGAAGCUCUUCUGGUCCAGCGUUCUCUGAAUCUUAUAGAUCAGGACAUGUUCUGGGCUGGAGUGGUUUUCACAGAUCUCGGCAACGACCCCGGUGACCCCAGGCCCCCGACACAUAUCAAAUACAAGAUCCGCAUGGACAUCCAGGAGACCGAGAGGACAGACAAAGUCAAGGAGAGGUCCUGGUACCCAUCGGCCCGUGAUAACGCUUUUAAUGACCUGCGGUAUGUCAGAGGUGGGUUUGUGUAUCUACAGGACAUGCUGGAUCGGGGAAUCGUUCGGGUUCAAACUGGAAUCAGCCAGACGCUUGGAGUAUACGCACAACAGAUGCCGUACCCGUGCUAUGUCGACGAUGCUUUUGUUUCGGCCAUCGGCACCAUCCUGCCCAUGUUCCUGGUGCUGGCGUUUGAGUACACCGUUAGCCAGAUCAUCAAGGGUUUGGUCCUGGAGAAGGAGCGCCGGUUGAAAGAGGUCCUGCGGGUUGUUGGGGUUCGGAACUCUGCAAUCUGGUUCUGCUGGUUUAUAGAAAACAUGGUUCUUCUGACUAUCCCAUGUGCUUUAAUCUCUGUGAUGGUGAAGUAUGGAAAGGUUUUGAGAUACAGUGACCCUUCGGUGAUCUUUGUCUUCCUCCUGGUCUUCUGCGUGGCCACCGUCAUGCAGUGCUUUUUCAUAAGUGUGUUUUUCUCCCGGGCGAAUCUGGCAGCCGCCUGCGGAGGUCUCAUUUAUUUCCUGCUCUACCUUCCUCAUGUGCUCUGCUACGCCUGGAGGGACGUCCUGGGCUUCGGAGCCAAGAUGGCCACGAGUCUGCUGUCGUGCGUGGCCUUCGGGUACGGCUGCGAGAAUUUCGCCCUUUAUGAGCAGCAGGGCAUCGGGAUUCAGUGGAGUAACAUCCGGGUCAGUCCACAGGAGAACGACCGCUAUUCCUUCAUCGUCUCCAUCUUCAUGAUGCUCUUAGACGCUCUGAUCUACUGGAUACUCACCUGGUACAUUGAGAACGUCUACCCGGGACAAUACGGUAUCCCCAAGCCGUGGUAUUUUCCAUUUACAUCCUCGUACUGGUGUGGAACUCGAGUGGGUUCUGAUGCAGAACCUGACCCAAUCAAAGAACUGGAAGACCAGAGCGGAUACCUGGAGAAGCCUCCCAUGAGUAUGAAAGCAGGCGUGUGUAUCCGGAACCUGGUGAAGGUGUAUAAGACGGGAAAUAAACUCGCCGUGGACGGACUCAGUCUGGACUUCUAUCGGGACCAAAUUACAUCAUUCCUGGGACACAACGGUGCUGGAAAAACUACAACUAUGUCGAUUCUGACAGGUCUCUUUGCUCCCACUUCUGGUACAGCCUUUAUUAAUGGUUACGACAUUCGCACCGAUAUGGACACAAUCAGGAAACAUCUGGGAAUGUGUCCGCAACACAACGUCCUCUUCAAUGAUCUGACAGUGGAGGAACACAUUUAUUUCUAUGCUCGUCUGAAGGGGCGGAGCUCUAAAGAGGUGAAGCGCGAAAUAGAUCAGAUGAUUAAAGACGUGGGUCUGCCUCACAAACGCAAAGACCUUGCCAAGAACCUCUCAGGUGGGAUGCAAAGGAAGUUGUCUGUCGCCAUAGCAUUUGUGGGCGGAUCCAGUGUCGUGAUUCUGGAUGAGCCGACCGCAGGAGUGGAUCCGUAUGCGCGCCGAGGCAUCUGGGAAUUGCUGCUCAAAUAUAAACAAGGUCGCACUAUAAUCUUGUCUACGCAUCACAUGGAUGAGGCAGAUAUUCUGGGCGAUCGCAUUGCCAUCAUCUCUCACGGACAACUCUGCUGCUGCGGUUCAUCUCUCUUCCUCAAGAAAACAUACGGGAGAGGCUAUUACCUCACCGUUGCACGAGCCAAUCAAGAACAAGUGACAUCACAAAGCACCCCCAAUUCUAGAGAGUGUGAUAAAUCCAGCGUUGAUGAGGGAAUCUGUAGUGACAUUGCCAUCCUGGACACACCAGAUUUGGCCGAAGUGAGUCAUCUGGUGAGACGGCACAUGCCGGAGGUGGAGUUUCUGGAGAUGAUAGGUCAAGAGCUCGUGUUUUUACUGCCGUACACGGGCGCCACCGACGGCAGCUUCGCAUCUUUGUUUAAAGAGCUGGACUUGGAGAAAAAGGCUUUGGGCAUCACCAGCUACGGGAUUUCAGACACCAGCCUGGAAGAGAUCUUUCUGAAGGUGGCUGAAGAUACAGGUGUUGAUGUGGGAUCUCAUGAUAAGAGUGAAACUCUGAAAGAAAAGCGCAGAAGCAGCUCAAGGGUAUCAGGAACACAGACCAUCAGCUCUGCUCUCGAAUUCAAAGCUGCAGACACCGUGAAAAGUGAUGCGAAGGUUAGAUUCACUCGUCGAGUGGAGGACACACAGCGCCCUAUGUGUGCUAAUGGAAAAGGAUCAAGUGUCAUCACAGGCUGGUCAUUGAUCAGACAGCAGUUUUUUGCUCUAUUUGUCAAGCGAUUCCACCAUGCCCGCAGAAGCAGAAAAGGAAUUAUUGCUCAGGUGGUUUUGCCAGCGUUUUUUGUGUGUUUGGCUCUUAUCUUCUCUUUGAUUGUCCCUCCGUUUGUGGAGUAUCCCAACCUGGAGCUUCAGCCAUGGAUGUAUGGAGCUCCUCAGAACACCUUCUACAGUUUUGAUGAUGCAGGUGUAGCUCAGGUGAAGCAGGUGACAAACGCUUUGCUCAGAAAUCCUGGAUUUGGGACACGCUGUAUGAGCAGCAACCCCAUACCUAAAUAUCCCUGUAAUCCAGCGGUGGGCACUGAUUGGAUGACUCCUGCGGUAGAUCCCUCCAUCACUGAGAUCUUUGAAAAGGGAAACUGGACCAUGAUGAACCCAUCACCUGACUGCCAAUGUGGGACUCCUCAACGGAGCAUCAUGCUGCCGGACUGCCCGCUCGGAGCCGGAGGAUUACCACCGCCUCAGAGGACUCAGAACACAACGGACACCCUGCAGGACCUCACGGCCCGAAACAUGACAGACUUUCUGCUCAAGAACUACCAAAAAUCUGGAAAAACACGAUAUGGUGGGAUCUCUGUGGGCGGUGUGAACUCACAGGUCAAACUGAAUGAGUCUGAGAUUACUGCCAUAAUUACUGAUCUCAAAUCAGCUUUCAACAUCUCACAGAGUAACUUGACUGAUCAAAUCUUUCAAGACAUUCAGCUGCUUCUGGUUGAACUGGGUACAAAAGACAAUGUGAAGGUGUGGUUCUAUAACAUGGGCUGGCAUUCACUUGUGUCUUUCCUGAAUGUGGCCAGUAAUGGGAUUUUAAGAGGGAAUCUGCCCGCUGGAUACAGACCAGAAGAAUAUGGAAUCACCACAUUUAACCACCCGCUGAAUCUGACCAAAGAGCAGCUCUCAUUCGCAGCACUGGCAUCGUCCUCUACGGACGUAGUGGUGGCGAUCUGCGUGAUCUUCGCUAUGUCCUUCAUCCCGGCCAGUUUCGUCCUUUUUCUCAUCCAGGAGCGUGUCAGUAAAGCCAAACACCUGCAGUUUGUCAGCGGGGUGAAUCCUACCAUCUACUGGCUGGCAAACUUCGCCUGGGACAUGUGUAAUUAUGUGAUGCCAUGUCUCAUCGUCAUCAUCAUCUUCCUGUGUUUCCAACAAAAAGCGUACGUCUCUCCACCCAACCUUCCCGCUCUCAUACUUCUGCUGGUGCUGUACGGUUGGUCCAUCACUCCAAUGAUGUAUCCCGCAUCCUUCUUCUUCAGCGUCCCCAGUACAGCGUAUGUGGUUCUCACCUGCAUCAAUCUCUUCAUUGGUAUUAAUGGCAGCGUGGCAACAUUUGUCAUGGAGAUGUUUGAUGACCCGAAUAUAACAAAGAUCAAUGACAUAGUGAAACAGGCUCUCCUGGUGUUUCCUCAUUUCUGUUUGGGCCGAGGACUGAUGGACAUGGCCAAAAACCAGGCCAUUGGAACCCUCUACCAAAACCUGGGUGAAGACCGCUUUCAAGAUCCUCUUGGCUGGGACAUGGUGGGAAAAAAUCUGUUUGCCAUGGCCAUUCAGGGGGCUGUAAUGUUCUCGCUGACCUUACUCAUUCAGUACAAGUUCUUCUGCAAACCAAUGUCCAUAAAGACAUUUCCAAUGUCUACAGAGAAAGAGGAUGAAGAUGUAGCUCGCGAGCGUGCCCGUGUGCAGCAGGGUGGAGCUCAAAACGACCUGCUCCGAAUCUGUGACCUCAGUAAGAUGUAUCGUGUGAAGCCCACUCCAGCUGUGAACAGAAUUUGUGUUGGGGUCCCUGCAGCAGAAUGUUUUGGUUUGUUGGGGAUUAAUGGAGCAGGUAAAACUACGACUUUUAAGAUGCUCACUGGUGACAUCAGUCCGACAGCUGGAGACGCCUUCCUGAACGGAUUCAGCAUCCGCAGUGAAAUGCAGUUGGUGCAGCAGAAUAUGGGCUAUUGUCCUCAGUUUGAUGCCAUAGACGACCUUCUGACGGGACGAGAGCACCUGGAGUUCUACGCUCGACUCCGAGGCGUGCCGGAAAAAGAGGUCGCCAUGGUGGCUGAGUGGGGCAUUCAGAAGCUCGGCCUUGUGAAAUAUUCAGAGAAGUCUGCAGGAACCUACAGUGGUGGGAACAAACGCAAACUCUCCACUGCCAUGGCUCUGAUUGGCUGCCCUCCUCUGGUCUUCCUUGAUGAGCCCACCACAGGUAUGGACCCCAAAGCCAGACGUUUUCUCUGGGACUGUAUACUGAGUGUCAUCAAAGAGGGUCGAUCUGUUAUCCUCACCUCACAUAGUAUGGAGGAAUGUGAAGCUUUAUGCACUCGCAUGGCCAUCAUGGUGAAUGGAGAGUUUAAAUGUCUGGGCAGCAUUCAGCAUCUAAAGAGCAGGUUCGGAGACGGUUAUACGGUGAUUGUUCGCGUGCGUGCGGAUCAGGCCGAUCUGGGCGUGGUGGAAACGUUUAUGCGCGAGACGUUUCUCGGGAGCACUUUGAAAGAGAAGCAUCACAACACGCUGCAGUACCAGAUACCGCAGGGAGAGGGCGCUCUGGCAAACAUCUUCAGUCAACUCAGCAAACAUCAACAUACUCUGGGUGUAGAGGAUUAUUCUGUGUCACAAACUACACUAGACCAGGUGUUUGUGAGUUUUGCACGGCAGCAGCGUGAUGAAGAGGACGGUGCAUUUGAUAACUUUGUAGAUAUGAGUGAUGAGACCCAAACAUCUGCAACUUGAAUCAAACCGGCAUCUGCUGCUACACUUAUUUAUUUACUUUACAUUACAAUCAGCAUGUACUGUACCUAAAUAAUGUUAUAUUAUAUUUCUAGCUUUACUCCAAACGUUUGAUUUAAAAACACAGCCAUUCAUGUAUUUUUAUAAAGAGAUUAUUUUAAUGAAAUAUAUAUUCAGAUCUCAUAUAUUCCCAUAUUUUACUGCUAAUUUGUAAUGUUUUAUAUUUAUAACUAUAAAAUCUUUUAUAUUUUUGCCAAAUCUAAAGAGAUGAUCAAAAAUAUGCUCUUCAAUGUUUGAUGAUUUUUUUGUAGACGAAUUAAAACUGCGUAAACGAAUGACUUUACGAAACUAAACUGUGAAGAAAAUUCAAUCAAUAAUUGUGUCUGAAGCUUUUUCAAUGGUGUACCGUCACUGUCUCACAGGUGGGACCUUUGGCAUUACAUAUUUAAAACAAUAAACCUUUAGUCUAAACCUAAAUUAAUCUUCUAAGAACGUAGUUUUCAUAUUUCAAGGCCAUCUGAUGAUAGAAAUUGUAUAGCGACAGUCAUUUUGUUAAAUGUCACUGACCCCGUAGGAAACAUAUGAAUUCUUAUAUAUUCAUAUUUCUAAUAUUCUUCAAAUGAGUUUAUGAAUCUUUAAAAAUCUUGACAACCUACAUAUUACUGGAAAGCUUUCAAAACCUUUUUGCAUGAAUAAUAAUGUAGUGACAGUAAUUUAUUAAUUUAUGACAAGAUUAUGCAGCUAAACAUUGACACCUAGUGGCAUUUAUUGGUAAAACCAAUAAAAGUGUGACAGAAAUCUCUUUUUAUUUGUGUGAUUUUAACUUGAGAUUUGGUACAGAACUAGUUGAGACUUUUUAGCAUUUUGGUUAAACCAUUUUCAUUUAAUAUUCACAAACACGUCAUUGAUAAACUUUAAAGUGUCUUCUUUAAAAGAGACCAAGAUUUGCUUAUAGACCGAAGAAUGCCAGUGUUAUAUUAAUUUGAAGAUGCAUAUUACCACUUAAAAAAUGGGGGUGACAUUUAAAGGGUUAAACCUCCCAUCAUGCACCCAUGGUUGACACAAUGGGAUUGCUUGUGUAAUGAAUCAUAUUUGCAUGGAUGAGGAGAGAUGUUUUAUUGUUCAAGACAGGGGAAGAGCUUUAGUGUCAUUAUUAUAUUUAAUUAUAUUGCACUUUUAAAACUCAGGAAUGAAAUAUUGUUUGCUUUAAUGGUUUCCAGACAGUUGUGCUUCUGGUUAAAGUUGUCAAAGAUGACCCACAGAUUAACACUUACCUGUUCUCAAUCCUGAUGUUUGUAUUCACUCUCAUGUCUCUGUGAAUUUGCUACUGAGAUGUUUGUUCUGCUUAUUGCUGCUUUACGCACAGACACACAUUAAACAUUUGCACACUCCACUGAGUUUCGUGACUUUCAUUUCAUAAAUGCUUUGUGAAUUUGUACUUAUCUUCAGACACACUUCACACUUCUGUGAAUCUUAAACCUCCUCAAAUUCAGUCUGCUCAAUGAGCGCUUUUUAUACAUAUCACACAUUUAAGAUAGAUUUUUUUAAAACUCACAAUGUAUAGUAGAGGUGUUUUUGGGCCAAAGACAUGUACCCAACCUUUAUACUGACCCUAAAAAAUCCCUGUUUACCUAAACCCAACGUGCAUAAAUAUUUUGUUUUAAAAAGAUCCGACCCAAGACAAACCCGAGAAAAUUAGAUCCAACCGGACUGGACCACACGCACCAGUCAGACAGAAAGAAACCCUGGUGGCCUCACAACCAAUAUUUAUUUUUUA